UCGACACGACGUAUGUUACUAUACUCUGUUGGUGAAGUGACAGGACGUCGAAUGUGGUUUGUCUGUUCUUUCAUCCAUGGCAUAAAUAGACGAUAAAAAGUUCUUCACUGAUUGUGGUCCUUUUUGUGGACUAAUACGGUACAUGUACCAGGGCAAGAUAUGGCAUCCAGCCAUGGUGACAAGAGAGAGCUCUCUUUCUCAGAGUGGUGUGACAAACAGUUCACCAACAUGUACAGCCAUCAGGAGUUUGUGUCAUCACAACAUCAGUCAGUUGGAGAGACUUCCAUCAAAGCCCGCCUACAGGUGGCACCUAAGCAGAGUGAAGACAACCUUGGGCACAAGGGACACAAGAGGGUGGGACCUGUAAGGUCGUUUUCCUCUCAGGGCACAAAUCCCAGAUCCACAGAUGAGGCUGAGCUGCAAGCAGCAAAGUCCCCUAGUCUAGAAAGGUGGCCGAAGUUUCCUUCAAAAGUGUCAGAAAUUGAAGUGAGUCCUUCAGGCAUCAAGUGGUGCAACCAGAUGAACACUCUGUCAGUCAGUAAUGGUUUGUUGGCAGCAGGCAGUACACCAGAUGCAGAAAAUACAGGUGUUGCACAGCUGGAGGAAAGGAAGAACUUGCCCAAGAACCAGGGUACGAAUAAUCAAAGACUUAAACGCUCCAUUGGAGAUGGUUCUGACAAGAUACAGAUGAUGGAGAAACAUGUCAGCAAAGUGUCAGUUGACUGCGGGAGCUCUGGACAGGAGAGCCACACCUCUAAACGGACCUUCAGUGAACUGUCCCCUGGAAGGAAACACACAAAAGGCAAAAAGGGGAAGAAGAGGAUGAUAGAUUCAGGAAGGUGUCCAAGGAAACCAGAAGAUGUACAACAUGAAGACAAACAGUGGAAGGAAGACCGCAAAUCAGCUAGUUUAAGGAGCCAAGCUGAAAGUCUUCCUGAAAAGGAGCAACAUGAAAACAAGGAGGGAAGAAUGUCCAAGAAAGUUGAGUGGAAAUCUACCAAAGGCAACACAGACGUGAAAGUAAAAUACUGCAAAGACUGUAAGAAGUCACAGAGUGGCAAAGUACCAGAAGAUGAAGCCAAAAGGGUCCCAUCAGGCAAGUAUGACGUUGAAUUGUCAGCAGGCAUUGGAAACACAGAACAUGAGCUACAUUUAUGCACUAAUGAAGUCCGCAAGACAGGUAUCGACGAUCGAUCCCAGAGGUCUGGUGAAGGUGAAAAGGUAGCCAAAGUUGAUCAAAAAACUUCAGGGGACAAGACUUCAAAACUACACCCAAAUCUGAGUUCCUGUGACAAGUCAGCAAGUGGCAGCAGUUCAGGCAAAUCGAUGGAGAGAGCAAAGGGACACAACUCCCAGCGAAGAAUGACAGAUGUGGAGAAUUUAAGGAAUACUGGAACACAGUUAGGUGAACAAAAGGAAGGAAAGAAGCUCAGUGCAUCUCCUGACUAUAUUCCUCAGCAAUGUCGAGUUACUCGACCUGAAGGAAGAAGCUCCGUGAAAUCAAUGCAAAAUACCAAAGGGGCCAGUAUCAAAGACGUCCAGGAGAAGGCAACAGAGGGCAAAAUAGCUGGUGUGCAGUCCCCAUCACCCAGAGACAAGCCAUCUGUUGCAGCACAUCACCUCACAAAACGUGUGCUAGAGUCUGUCUUGAAGCCACUGUGUUCAUCAAGAUCAGCAACAAAGUUACGGCCCAAGUCAGGGGAGUCAGCUAAGACCAGCAGGUGCACUGACCAAACUAGGCAAAUGCAGAGAAGGUCACCGUGGUCAGCAACCAAAGUACAUCUGGAACACAUUUAUCAGGCCUUUGGUGGUGUGGAAAGUGGCACAUCUGCGGAGGAAGAGCAGUCAAUACCUUCAGCUGACAAGGAGUCUGAAGCUAAAGCACGAAAUGAAUGCUGGGAUAACUCUCAUCCAGAAUGCCCUCAGGACAGAAGGCAACUUCAAGAGUUUCUCCAUGAAAAGACACAGCACCAGGAAGAAGCCGAUACACAGCCACAGACAGCAUCUCCCCGUCAGAUGCUGAACAAAGAUGGGAAGAUGGCAGAGAUGGAAUGCUGCACUGCGAUUCACCCGCCAAUUUCAGUCAAUGCCAAGGUUGAUUCCGGGUCUUCAAAGUCAGAUGGACCUUUACGGACUGUAAACUUUGCACCCAAAUUUACUCCAAGGACUGUGUCCAGGAUUACAGAUAAAGUAAAAGGUGACAACAACAAUAGUGGAGUGACUAGUGAGAAGAGUUCUGAAGAUGUUGCUCGUUCUUCUGUUACGGAGAAGACCCAAACCAAAAAUGAUUACAUUGCUCGCUGGCUGGAAAAUCAGGACGAACCACCUCAGAAAAAUUCCUUUGAAGUCAGCACCAACCAGAACCUGGAACCCAGUGAAGUGUCAGAUAGCACAUCAACAUCUGAUGAAGCCUGGGAACAACUGGUGGACAGCAUCAUGAAGGGCAAUGAUGAAGAAGUCUUCAGCAGCCCUUACUCUAAGCGCGUGCAGCAGAAGUGGCGCACCGCUGGCCUAGUGCCAGUCACUCCCUUCCAGACAGGUUCUCUCCCGAUGCAGGUGGAUUUCAAGCCGACAACUUCAGUGGGACAGAAGAACGUGGCAACUGUGUCACCGUACUGCAUCCGCCCUCCUGCUCCUCAACCUACCAGAUCUUCUGCGUGCACUUGGUCAGGACCGAUGCCAGGCUUCAGGGAUGGAAACAAACCCCUGACACCUGCCUCACCACCUUUUUACCCACUGAGAUCAGUCCAGGGAUCUUUGGAUGGCAGCCAUGAUGCUAUGGGCACUAUGGACAGCUUGUCUUCAUUCCUAGAGAAGCAAGAGUGUUCCGAGAAAACACCAGCUAAAGUUCUUUGGAGAAGCCCUGGUGAAUAUCCAGGCAAAGAGGACAUGUGUCUGUCUCCAACUGUUAUGCAUACUGAUGCCGUCCCGGCUUCCAGUAAAACUCAGAAAGUCCAGUCUAUGUUCAACAUACCACCACGAUUCCUCCGGCUUGCACAGCUCAAAGCCGACAAGGAUCAGCCAGUAAGUGUGCGUAUGAGCUCUCGUCUGCCUUCAGGCUCAGGAUGCGUCUACCCCAAGCAAGUACGCCAAGAGAACUUGGUGUCCACAUCAGAGGUGCCAACAUGUACCUCAGCACCACAGUCAGCAUCCCCAAGCAUGGUAGGGACACCCUCCAAAUCUUCAUACAGAUCUUGGAUUUCAAGUUCCCUUGGCUGGUCUACCCAGUCACUGAGUCGUACCCCAGGGACCAUCACACCAACCAGGUUCACCCCCUGGGCAAGCAGGGCAUCCCCCCUAAGUCGCGAGAAGCCUUCUUACCACAUACCCAGAGAUACAGUGGAACUCAGUCCUGUGGUUGACUAUCCCAUAUGCUCAGUCCCGUAUGUGGACACGCAUUGCCACAUUGACUUCCUGUACCAGCGCACAGAGUUCAGUGGCACAUUUGAGAAGUUCUCUAAGGUUAACAACUUCCCCCAGAACUAUGCCGGCUGUCUUGCGGUGUUCUGCACCCCGGAAGGGUUUGAGCAGGGAGCUCUGUGGGAGGAUCUGGUCAAGGAGAAGAACAUCUGGCUGGCGUUUGGCUGCCACCCUCAUCACGCCAAGAGCUAUGACGGUAUCGUGGAGGAAAAUAUCAUCAGAUGCAUGAGACACCCCAAGGCUAUUGCGCUGGGAGAGAUUGGCUUAGAUUAUUCAAACCGUUGCACAUCGGACAGACCUUUACAGCUGGAGGUGUUCCGUCGGCAGCUACACAUUGCCUUACAGAUGGGCAAACCCCUGGUCAUCCACAGCCGUGAUGCUGAGCAGGACACACUGAGCGUCAUGAAGGAAAUGGUGCCCAGAAAUUACAAGAUCCAUCGACACUGCUUCACUGGCUCGCCACAGGAGGCCAGGAACUUUUUCCAAGCAUUUCCGAAUUCCUUCAUCGGUCUGACUGCACUGGUCACGUUCCCCACUGCCUACCCUGUCCACCGCACUGCCACCGAAGUCCCACUCAGCAAAAUUCUGCUUGAGACAGACGCUCCAUACUUUCUGCCUAAGCAGUGCCCUCGCACCAUGCGUUGGGCUAACCCCAGCAUGGCUGUCUUUGUAGCUGUCCGCAUCGCCCAGCUUAGGGGCCUCACCCUAGAGGACGUGUUGUACGCUGUCCGGAGGAACACUACCGAGAUGUAUGAGUCAAAGCCUUGACUGUUGUCAUGGAUGGUUGACCAUUUCACACCAAUUUUCCUGUGUAAAAAUUUGAGUACUUUAUGACUUUUCACUAAACUUGGCCAGUGGAUUUUCCAGAGGUCCAUUUAGCAAGUGCGUAAUAUUGGAUGCAUUGCUUUUUUUUUUUUUAGUUUUAGCAAAUUUGGAUCUCUUCCCCCCCCCAUCCUGGUCUAAUUCAUUCUGUAUCCUUUUGUAAGUUGUACUAACAUGACUGAUGGACACCAAUAGACAGUGAAGUGUCUUCUAACACUGCUGCAGCUAGUGUUGGACUGUUGAUGAGAUAUGAUUGAUAUCUGAUGUGUGAUCACCUGGUUGUAGAGAAAUGAAACAAAACACUUUGCACAGAGUGAGAGCCCCCAUGACAAAUUUGAAAGGGAAAAGCAAGUAUUUUGUUGGUGUUCAUAAAUUGCGCCUGUGGAAAUUCCUGAUUGGUUUGUUGUUUGGCUUUGUGAAGUAUUGCUUCCAAUUUGAUUGAAUUUCCACCAUUGGCAAAUGAUGGUAUUCUAUGCUGCAGUGUUCACACCACUGCUACUCCCUAGUUUACAUGCAAGUGAAGAAGUAAAAAGUGAUUAAUGGGAAGGAAUUCUGGAACUUUCUUUAGUGCACAACUUCAUUAGCAGUGGGUUUUCCUAUUUCCUUUAAAUUUCAAUUCAGAUAGUCAACUCUCAAUAGUUGAUUUUGUCCACUUAUUCUUUCGCAUUCACUAAAUGUCAAGGAUCUGUGUGAAAAUUUCUGUUUUUAGCAGAAGAGCAGGAUUUUUUGCUAGAUUAGAUUAAUCUUAUGAAUGUUUUAAAGUUUAUGUUUUAAAAAGUAUACACAAAAGGUAAGGACAUAUGUUGUGCUUAAUAUUUUCAAGACACAAGAAAAAACAUUCUGCAAGUAUUAAGUAUCUCACUGAGAAGACUCGUUCACUUUUGCAUUAACUUUAUUCUUAAGAAAUAUCAGUUAACUUGCCCUGUAUAUGAAAAGUAGUUGAAAAAAGGAAGCUUUCAUUGAAAACAAUUUAAUGCCAAGUACUUGCAAUUGUUAAUUAGUCAUGCGGAUAGUACCUUUCAUUUGUAGAGUAUAUAUAUCCCCCCAUGCUGCUGCAUGCCAGACAUAUUUGGACAUGAAGUCCAGUAGUUUUGCCACUAACUCUUGCCCCAUAUUACAGGCCACCAACUUGCAAAGUUUGCUAAUGGUUACAGUGUUAUGUUUUCACUUCCUAUGAAUACUGUAGACAACCUACAUGUAUGUAGUGUCUUCAGUGUGUUGCAGGGAGAACAAUCAAAUGUGUUGUUUGAAAAUUAACCAACCAAACAAAAUAGCACAUUCUCCCUAGUCGACUGGAUUAAGUCACUGAACAUGAACAGACACUUAUAACAAGGUCCUUGGGAGUUUGGAAAUUACCUUGUUAUAAUACUUUCUUUGUAUUAUCAGAAAUGAAAAACAAAGGAAAACAAAGACUUUGGACCUAAAAUUGUGCUUGUAUUAAAAGUGCUCUUAUCUGUGUUCAACUGUAGACAAAAGAGUCAUUUUCAAACCAUACACCAACAGGUAUUCGGGACAUUUGGAGGGGGACAUCCUGUCAGUGCAGGAGCAUCCAAAGUUAGUCAUUGUCACGCAGCAAGGGAACAUUGAAUAUUGUAUGUGGGAUAAACUUUUCUUUUAGUUUGAAAUGGGCACAAAUUGAGGAGGCCAAAUCACUUGUCUUUUCAUGUCAAUAUUUUACUUGUUCACUGAGCUUUUUCAUUUUGAAACAGGUAGCCUAGAGAGGUAAUGGUGGUAUUAUCUGAGAAAAUUGUCAAUGAGAUAUACGGAUGCACACUAUCAGUUUCUCAUAAAACCUAAAAGUCUUUUCAAACUUGGCAACAUUUCAAGCUCAACCAGACGGACCAGAGAGAAGUAAAACCAUUUAGGAAUAGUUCUUUCAUACGGUAAAGGAGUGAGUACGUGGAUUUGAGGCAUUCUUCUCUUACUGGUUUUGGAUUUCAUCUGCCAGUGCAUGACGCUGUUUAUGAAUGGCGCUAACAAUUAAGAUGGUGGGAAUUCAGACGCUUUUUAUGUGACACUUUGAUUGAUGAGCAUGGAGUUGGAAAUUUGUGGAUGUUCAAUGAAUUACUGUUGAAUUUUCGUGCAAGAAUUUCACAUACAGGUUCAAAUACUAAUAAAGUGUACUUACUGUUUGUUCAGUGAUUCAGUCAUUCAAGAUAAAUUCAACACAUUUUAGUGGAUUCAGUUUAACUCAAUUUUACAUUAGCGCUACUGUGUUGGUUACUCUCACACAAAUAAAGUUGGACUGAAAUGACUUAAUUUCACUUGAGAAAUCUGUCUGGUGGCCUGGAUAAGUUGGUCUUCAAAGAUGGCAGUGUUCUUGGAGCAAAAUGCCAGAACAAGUAAAAUAAACACAUCUGCUUAUUCCAUGUAUUGUUGAGCUUUCUGUUAUCUGUGGAUCAUUUUCACAAGUAAGAAUGAAUAAAAGUAACAUUAACUGGUUUUGUGCAUAUUUUUAGACAAGUGAUUUGCCCCCCCAAAAAAUAAAUUACAAAGGAAGCCAGUUCGCUGGAACUGUUAAACAAAAUUUAAACCCAUUGAAAUCGUUUUGCAGUGAUCAAUUUUGAAAGAAAGUGCAUUUUUCAAGAAUAAAGAUGAAGAUUAUUAA